AUGUCAGAACGCAGAGGGGCUCACCUCCAUCCCCUGGUCUCGGAUGGCACAGGAGAAAAAAGCGGACUCUGUAAGUCCCAAGUGAUGACGGCAAUAUCGGAGGGAUUUGUCCACGACAACCCAUCAAUCUCAUCCUUGAUGCGAUAUAAGGACUCCCUGUACAUCCUAGAUGGUGUGGUCAUGUACAACGAUCGUGUGGUGGUGCCAUCAUCCCAUCGACCGUCGAUCUUUGAGGGACUGCAUUCUGCACAUCAGGGCGUAUCAGCAAUUGAACUACGGGCCCAAGCCAUCGUCUUCUGGCCGGGUAUCACCAACGACAUCCAAUCCACAAGGACAAAAUGUCGUGAGUGCAACCGGAACGCUUCAUCCCAGGCUCCACUGCCGUCUGAACCAGCAAUCCCGCCAUCCACCCCUUUCGAACAGAUCUUCGCUGACUUCUUCGAGUUCGGUGGCCACCACUACCUCAUUGUUUGCGACCGUCUUACCGGAUGGUCAGAAAUAUUUUCUACACCCUCAGGAAGCCCUCACUCAGGGGCCGGAGGCCUGAUAGCAUGUCUCAGAUCGUUCUUCACCACCUUCGGCGUCCCUGAGGAGCUCUCCUGUGACGGGGGCCCUGAGUUCACAGCAAGCGCUAGCGGUGAAUUCCUUCAGCGUUGGGGAGUGAGGUAG